UUGUGUAGUAACGUUUUUUUAGGUCGUUUUUAGGUUAGAAAAUGUCACUUCGGUUGAUUUUACCGGCCUGAGUGUUUAAUCCUACAGUUAGCAGCGCCGUAUUUAAACUGAUUAUCGCCUGUGCUCGGACUGCAUCUACACAAAUCAGCUGUUUUACGGUAGGGUUUACUGUAACACCAGUUAACGACAGGGGAACCGCUCCGAUCAUCGGUUAUGGAACACACUGCGGUCCCCGCGCUCAUUGAUACACUGUCGUACUUCUUUAGGGAAUUACUUCUUUGGCAGUUGUGAGCAAAACGGGGAUAUAAGCUUCAGUCCAUCGGUAGAAAUCGUUAUAUCGGAACUGAACAGAGUUUUUGGGCGUGUUAUAAGUGUAAACAGGCCUAGUAUUGACCAGCGAUAGUAAACUGAACUUUUCCGAGACCCAAAGUUGUCAGGCAGCGCAUCUUGCACGCAUGCGCAUCCUUCUAUCCAGCAGCUCUAAAUAAGAGUUAAAACAGAAACGAGUUUGGUGAUAUCAGAGGAGUGGGAAUGACCGACACCCCACCCAGUGAUGGCCCCUCCCAGGGAGCUGAGUUUGAUAUGAUGGGUGCCCUGGACUGGAAGGAUGGUAUUGCAACGCUGCCAGGAAGUGACAUCAGGUUCCGCAUGACAGAGUUUGGGACUCUUGAGAUUGUCACAGACCUGGAGGUCAAAGGUCAGAAGCCAGAGCCUAACCGCAAGGCCUUGGACCCAGCACAGUCUCACACGCCCACUCCUCCUCCGGAGGGCCAAUCACAGACUGGCACAGCUGCAGCUAAAGCCAAUCAAAGUCAGCCAGGAUCGUCUCAAAGUAAAGCCCCCGGUCCUGUGCUUCUGUCUCUAGAGGAAGGCCCCACUAUGGAGGGCCCCAGUGUGGAGGUUGGUCCCAGUGUGGAGGUUGGCCCUAACGCAGACACAGGCCCAAACGGGGAGCUGUCAAGGUGCCGGGCCUGUGGUGGCCGUGUUCCCCGGGACGCCCUCCUUCAGGGCAAAUUCUGUAGCUCUAUUUGUGCCCAGCCCUCCAGCGGCAGAUCGUCUCCAGCAGAAGCAAGGGAGAGUCAAGCAGUUGAGGGUGAGAGGCUGGGUAAACGUGUGCGCAAAAAGAGGAAAAUCUAUAUGGAUUCUGGUGAUGAAGAGGAAGACAACCAAGAAGAACCAGAGGAAAAGGCCAAGACGACCAAGGGAAGAAGAGGUGCCAAAAUUGCUAAACUGGUGACUGCCCCAGCCAAUAAGAAACGGGCAUGGAGCUGGCCGGCUUACUUGGAAGAGGAGAGAGCCAUCGCUGCUCCUGUUAAAUUAUUCAAAGAGCACCAGACGUUUCCUCAGAGCAGGAACAGUUUUAAGGUGGGGAUGAAGCUGGAGGGGCUGGACCCGUCCCACCCCUCUCUGUUCUGUGUACUAUCUGUUGCAGAGAUCCAAGGCUACAGAGUAAGGCUCCACUUUGAUGGUUACCCAGAAUGCUACGACUUCUGGGCCAAUGCUGACUCGUGGGAUAUGAAACCAGCUGGCUGGUGUGAGAAGAAUGGGCAUAAGUUAUUGUUGCCGAAAGGUUGUAAGGACGGAGACUUUAAUUGGAGCAUGUAUGUGAAGAACUGCAGGGGUCAGCUGGCCCCAAAACACCUUUUCAAAAGCCUCAACACAUCUGUGACUCCAUCUGGAUUCAGAGCAGGGAUGAAGCUGGAGGCGAUCGACAGGAAGAACCCCUCGUUGAUCUGUGUAGCAACCAUUGCUGCUGUUGUGGACAACCGACUGCUCAUUCAUUUUGAUAACUGGGACGACACAUAUGAUUAUUGGUGUGACGCUAGCAGUCCAUAUAUCCAUCCUGUGGGUUACUGUGAAGAGGCUGAGCUAACUCUGACUACCCCAGCUGGUAAGACACAGACCAAGACACACGUGGAAUAUAAGCAACCUAAAAGUUUCUCAUGGGAGAAAUACCUGGAAGAGACGGGCACACAGGCCGCUCCUGCUCGGGCUUUCAAACCGCGACCUCCACAUGGCUUCCAGAUUGGGAUGAAAGUGGAAGCUGUGGAUAGGAGGAACCCCAUGCUCAUCCGUGUUACUACCGUAGUGGACACAGAGGACCACCGACUAAAGAUUCAUUUUGAUGGCUGGAGUUCAGAGUAUGACUAUUGGGUGGAGACCGACUGCCCUGAUCUGCACCCUUUAGGAUGGUGCCAGAAAACAGGACACCCACUGCAAUACCCGAAUGGCUCCACUGAGUUAGUGACCGCCCCGGGACAAGGAUGUCCUACCCCAGGAUGCAACGGGGUUGGCCACAUUAGAGGACCUCGCUAUGGGACACACUACACUGAGGUGAGCUGUCCCUACUCGGAUGUUAAUCUGAACAAAGAGGGCCUGCUGCCAGAUCGCCUCAGCGGAGAACGACCCGUCGCCCUCAGUGGACCUCACCCACGUGGGCGACGUCCGGACUUUCCCACAAACACUACGACGCAGAGCUCCACAACGUCAGAACAGCCCGAGGGAGCUGAAGACCCCCAGAACAGGAAACCGGUGACAGUGGAAGCUGAGCGCUUGGGACGCACUGCUCAGCCGGAGCCAGCAGGUGGCGCCAGCGAGCCGAGCCACAAUGGAACCAGGCCCAAACGAACUGCUCCCGUUCCCAAAUACUUGAAAAUGCACUACGUUAAAGAGGAGAUCGGCCACGGCAAAGCCUCUCCAGAUGCCAUCUCUCUCCAGCAGGCCCUCCACGAGUCAGUUUUCUCCCCCGGCCUCUCCUCCUCCCCCCCUCACCGGGUGGCUCUCUGCUGGGACAAACACUGCCAGCUGCUGCCUGAGGUCCUCGGGCUGACUGCCAAGCGAGUUGCCACUUGGAGCGCUGAGGAGGUCGCCACAUUUGUCAAAGGUUUACCAGGAUGUAAAGAACAUGCUACUAUAUUUAAAACAGAGCAAAUAGAUGGCGAGUCCUUCCUGCUGCUCACCCAGGCGGACAUCGUCAAGAUUCUGUCCAUCAAGUUAGGGCCCGCCCUCAAGAUCUACAACUCCAUCCUCAUGUUGAAGAACGCAGACGAAGAGUAGAAACUCCAGAGACUGAAGAGGAGUCGCUCCCUCCUUUCAUCGACACUCGGCUAUGAAGACUUUUGAUCCAAUCAGCUUCAACAGCUUUUGUCUGUGGAGCUCUGCGACAGAGCGGAGCAGCAUCACCAGAGACAGAAGCGGAGGCCAUCAUCUCAGAAAAAAACGUCCACCCCUCCCCCCUCUCCCCUCUCCCCCUCCUCUCUCCAUGAUGGAGGUCACUUCGAUACUUUAAGUUUUCUUGAUCUCUAUCGUGUUUGUUUACUGAAUGAUUUAAAAAAGAACUACAGGCACCUUCAAUGCUUCUUAACAUUGUACAGUUUUUGAAUUGGAUUUAGUGUUGCGUUAAUGAAUGGUGCUCGGGCUAAGAGCAGAUGGAACAAGAGCGUUUGUGCUUUGUUUCAUUUUUACUUAGCAAUAGAUUUUUUCUUUUUUAAAGGUGCAAAAUACAAUCGUGGAGGGCGAAAGAUUUUUAAAAUGUGAAACCCAGUGGAGCAGAAGCACUAUGUAGUUCAGCUGCUCUCCUCUAGAUGGAGAGCGUGGGCAGCUCUACGGGCCCGCAGGCGAGACGCUUUGAUUAGAUUGGAGCUGAAGCUUGGGUUGAAAGGGGGAUGGUAAAGACUUUGUGUGUUUGUGUGUGCAGAUGUGAGUGUUUGAGAAAUAAGGGUGUAAUUUCCCAUCAGCCCACGUGUUAUGUUCUGGUCAGAGGAUUGUUUUGUGGCAGGCAUGGCUAAGGGCUAAAUGUUCAAUCAAGAAACCUUGCAGUCGUUUAAAGUGGAACGAGACAGCUUUAUCUCUGUCUCCUUUGUUUGUUAAUGGGAACGGCACAUGAAAAUGAAUGUCUAAAAAAACAGCUUUUCUGUUGUUUUGUUUAUAUUAUCUUGUUUAUUUUCAUUCACAUUGUAAAUAGUAUACAGCUACAAAUGGACUGUCCUCGCUCCCUAACAGAGUUUACUCCUGCUUGAUUAUGCAAAGGCUUGACAUCUGUCCACGAGGAGAGGACGUUGUGACAAUGAAAACAUACGAGCCUCAAUUCAUACAAAGAUUUUGAGAAAAAAAGAAACAAAACAAACAUUGUCAGUGUCUUUGUGAAUCAGCGUGUACUUCGGUGAGUUGGAAUGUGUACAUCAGCAACUGUUUAUAUGCAAACGGCUUUUAUUUAUGUAUUCUAAUUUAAAGGGUAAUGUUAUGCUGUUUUUGGCUCCGAGGUAAGCUGUGGCUCUUUGACGGAAAGUGUGUGAAUGGGUGAAAAUAAAUGAGAUGCACACUG